UAAAACAUUUUUUAAAGGUUGCUUUGAUUUAAAGGCUGCAGCAAGAUACCAAAAAUCUUUAUUUAUUUCCUAUUGAAAUUGUUAUGUAUUUCCUUCAUUAUAAAGGUUGUUUCAAAAAGCCUUCUCCCACGUAUUUUUUUAUGUGGGAGCAAAGCCCAUCGCUGUGGGACAAAGUAUGUGUCUUAUUUUGAAAUGUAACCGGAUAUGGUGUGUUCCGCUCCGUGUCUCUUGACACCGGUCCGAGCAGCAGGCUGUCAGUCGCAGUUUAAUAGUCUCCACUUGCUCGCACCAUCCAUGACAGAGCGGCCGCUGCUUUACCCCGGACCCACCGCGUCUCGGUCUCCUCCGCCCGCUCACGAUGGAGCAGAGGAGAGCUGAGCCAGACCGCAACAACAGCAUCAACCCGGUGUCGCUGUACGGGGAGUUCACGCUCGCGGGUAACCGAAAAGUCCGGUGCGCGGUCAGCCUGACCGAGAGGGACCUCAUCAUCCAGAGGCUCACUUUGGCACCUGUCGGGCGGAGCAAGGUGGUCCUCAGCCUGAAGGACUGCGUCGGCUGCCGGGCUUACCGGGAAGAUGACAACGCGGACACGGCUGCGUACUUUGCGGCGUACUUCUACCCGCUCAAGAGGCGCUGGAUGAGUUCCGGGGUGUCGCGGCAGAGAGCGGAGCAGUGCUUUCGUCUCGCUGCGCUCCAGGACCCGCGCGCUAACCUGGAGGAGGCGGAGAAGUGGGCACGCGCUGUCCGUGAGCGCGCGGCACGCCAGCAGACGUCCCUCCGGAGGAACGGGGGGUUGAUGAGCGCGCUGUCUCGUCCGAGCCGGAUGAUGCUGCUGGUGAACCCGCAGAGCGGCCAAGGACAGGCGCUCACGCUCUACAACACCCACAUCCAACGCAUGCUGAACGAGGCGGGAGUCACACACACUCUGGUCAUCACCGAGCGGCAGAACCACGCCCGAGAGCUGGUGAAGGAGGCCGACCUGUCAAAGUGGGACGCUCUGGUCAUCAUGGCUGGCGACGGCCUUCUGUUUGAGGUGAUCAACGGUCUGCUGGAGAGACCAGACUGGGACGAGGCGGUCCGGACCCCGCUGGGUAUCCUACCCGGUGGAUCCGGCAACGGGUUGGCUGCAUCCGUACACCACUACUCUGGAGCCUCGCUGGUGUCCACUGAGGAGCUCCUGGUCAGCUGCGGCUUCCUGCUCUGCCGAGGCCUCGUGGCCCACAUGGACCUGGUCUCCGUCCAGCUCUCCUCCGGCCGCCGUCUCUUCUCCUUCCUGUCGGUGGCCUGGGGCUUCGUGGCCGACGUGGACAUAGAAAGCGAGAAGUACCGUCACGCCGGCGCCGCCCGGUUCACCGUCGGCACGCUGGUGAGGCUGGCUUCUCUCCGCGUCUACAAGGGCAAGCUGGCCUACCUGCCCGCCGGCGAGGACGAGGGUUCAGGAAACAACGCGGCGCCGCAUUGUAACGGCCAGGCUUCCUCCGCCGCUCCGUCCAGAGACUCCGCCCUCCAGAACACCUUCCACAACUCCUGCCACUCCAACAACUCCCACAAGGCGAGGAGGACGGAGGGCACCCCCAGAGCCCUCGGCGGCCCGCCCGACUCCCUGCUGCCGCCUCUGGACCAGCCGCUGCCCAGCGACUGGGUGGUGGUGACGGAGGAAGACUUUGUCCUCAUGCUGGCCAUGUACCAGUCCCACCUGGCGGAGGACCUGCUGGCGGCACCGCAGGCCACCUCGGACGACGGCCUCAUCCACCUUCUCUACGUCAGAGCGGGGAUAUCGCGCACCGCCCUGCUGAAGCUGUUCCUGGCUAUGGAGAAGGGCACACAUCUGGAUACUAACUGUCAACAUCUGGUUCACGCUAAGGUGCGGGCGCUCAGGCUGGAGCCUCAUUCUCCCAAAGGGAUAAUAACGGUAGACGGAGAAGUGGUGGAUUAUGGGCCGAUGCAAGCGGAGGUGCACAGAGGCCUGGCCAGGUUGAUCACUGGAUGAGCACGAAACAACUUCUGCUCUUCAGGUCCGAACGGGCCCGCGGGGGCAGGACGCACGACUCAUUCACUGUUAUCGGCUUCAGUAGGAAAACAUGCAGUAUUAAGACAAACAAGUGCAUUCAGGGAGACCCAGAGUGUUCAAUAUUAAAUCAAAAGAAAGGCAUUCUGAUGGGCAUAUUCUUAAUAAUCAAUGCAGAAAAGACCGUUUUAAUUAUUACUUUAAUACUUCAAAUUGUUCUUUUCAUCUAACUUCUUUUCACAGAAAAGAAAGAAAACAGGAAUACAGUGAAAAUGACCAGCAGUAAAAGCUUAUUUUAAUACAAAAACAGGAUAAUAUUUUCAUAUAAUGCACUGAUGUCUGUGUUUAUGAAAUAAUGAACACUUUGGGACUUUCUGCAAACAUGUUGGUAUCACAUCUCAGAGAAAACACGAACAGACACGUCUCCUCAUCUCAUGAUGGAGUAGCUCCUCCCCCAUCUUUAGCCUCCAGUGGCUCACCUGUCAUGGACAUGAAUUAUGGCACGGUGGGAUUUAUGCCUUCAUGGCAUCUGUGUGUGUGUGUGUGUUGCAGUGAAUAUGAGGAAGUGGGGAUGUGUUCGUGUCGUUGCCCUGUUUUAACAGAUGAUCGUUUAUUGAACACUGAGAGCCUCAAACACUCAAUUAAGGCAACAAUGCACAAAACACCAGUAAAUAUAACUAUUAAUAUUUAACCUGAAGAGAUAUUAAAGCAUAUCCUGUCAGGUAAUCCAUGCAUCGCAAACAAAAUACCAUUCAACACCUUGAUGCUAUCAAGGCAGAAAUCUCAGACAUUAAAGCGUGCUGAAAUAAAACCAAAACGAUCUGCAUGACUACGAGAGGUCAAAGAGAAAAUACUCAGGUUUCUUUACUUGAAGUUGAACUGACCCUUUAAUCCAACUACAACAGCACCUUUGGGGGAAUGUGAGUACGGGAGGGGGACUAAUCAUCACCAUCGAGCUUCAUCAGGAAAUGAUGACUGAGGCUUCGGCCUACACGAGUAGUAAAGUCACAUUUUUAAAUGCGUUUUUUUAACUGAUCCAAAUCUAUUCUGGAGGUACGUUUCAUUCAUUUUACAAAAAUGUGAUGUGGCCCCAAAGAAAUCAGCUUUUUCUUGUCUAGAAAAAUGAGUUAAACAAAAGCUUUAGAGGGUUCAGCUGGAUGAGGAGGAGGAGGUAUCGACUUGUUAAAUGCUGCAUGAGGAAGGAGGCGUUGUGUUCCGGACAGGGAGCCUACAUUCCUCCUGCUCACUGAAAAAAUCAUUUGGGAGCAUUAGCAAACUGUCCUGACACAGAGAGACACAGAGAGAGAGAGAGAGAGACUCAAUUAAUUUCAACCCGAGGCAAACACACACAGUUAUGUAACAUAAUCACACCGUUUUACUGACUUGUCAUUUUUAACACAAAUAAUAAUUUCAUGUUUGUUUCAAUUGUCUGCGUUUGACACUGUAAAUAAUUUAAUAGCGAAAGACCAAAACGAUGUAUUUAUUGUAGAGAUAUUCUUCUAGCCAUGUUUUACAUUUGUUUUUUCAAUGCUGUUUUGAAGCCUUCACGAGACAAUCGAGGUGGAUUUUCUGUCUUUGAGGUUUAAAUUCGGUUUGCAGCAAGAAUCCAGCCGACGAGCUUCGGGCACUCGGUGGAAACGGAAGUUGAAGACACGCUUCAGACGUGGCCCUGAAGCCCGAGCUCUGGUUCUGGCUGGUAGAGCUGGACGUGUCUUCCCACUCCGGGUUUCACGACCUUUUUCUUUUGACCUCUUAAAAUGAAGCCAGCACGUCGACCUGGUUUCUUCCUGUUAUGAUAAUUUCAUUAAAAAAACAUUUAGGGGCCUUAAGAUGUAAAAAAUAUCCAGUAAUUAAGAAACUUAAUUUUGUGCAUUUAUGGGAGUUUGCUCGUGACCCCACAGAUAAAAUAUGACCAUAAAUAAUAUUUUUUUAUACCAGUGCUACUGAUCACGACCCCUUUCACACUUUAUUUUCUAUGCAGGUUUCUUGUGAAAUGCAGUGGUGCUUUGAACUGGUUGAUGUGCCUUGAUUGUGCCGCCGCCUGCUGGUUUGAACGCGGCGGUGCAUUCACUGACUUCUCCCUUUUGUUAAAAAAAAACUGAUUGGAGGAAGAGACACUUUGGACAUCGAUCCACAUGUCAGAAAAAUAUGUGGAAUUGUGCACAGUGCUGUUGCCAUGGCGCCGCCUCUUCAAUUACUACGAGGGAGAUCUUGAAGUCUUCAGCUUUUCCAAUAAUAAUGUGCUGAAGCAUCCGAGGACGAAGAAACUGACUGACUUGAUUUGCUGUUUACGUAUAUUUCCCUGCUGCUUCUCAACCGUUGUCCUGUGUGUUUACAUGUUUAUGGUGAAGGGAACAUUAGUCAUUUGAAUUAUUUUUAUGGCACACAUUGAAUGACUGAUUCAUUAUUCACAGAGCGAGAGAGAGAUCUAUUUUUCCAUUCGACAAAUGUCUAACUUUUCUACAAUCGAAGGAAACCUUCUGCUCGGGUGUUUUUUGGGGGGGGGGGGGGGGAAUAAACAAAUGACGACAAACAACCUGUCUGGGAUUUUAGUUUGUGAAACACUGGAUGCAUCUAAUGUUGGGGCACUAUAGUGUGAAAUAUGUAUUUGCAGAUGGCAGAAGUUAUAUAUUUUUUGUACAAAAGCCACAAUUAAACUCGCGGAUGUAAUCGUCCUCCCUUUAAGAAUGGUGCAGACAGGUAAGCCAGGGGGACCGGAGACAAUGGACGGAACAAUUAAUGUAUAUUCUGUACCAGAAGAGUUAUGCUUACUAUAUUACCUUUCUUCAUGAGCCUUAUAGAUUAAAUAAAGCAGAAUCAUGGGAGCAUUUUGUUGGUUGAACUUGCCGUCUGAAGCUUCCUGCCACAAUACAUAUGUAGGUAAAUCAUACUGUUUUUAAUUAUAAUUUAUAUUGGGCUGUUUGAAAAUAAAAUGACUGAGAACAGCAAAGUGUCGUUAUUCUGUAUUUUGACACCAAGCCGAUUGGUUCCUAUUAGGGAUGCACCGAUCUGAUCGGCGCCGAUCCAUAUCGGCCGAUAUUCCCAUUAUCGGUUUUGAUCGGCGUUCUCAAAACGGCCGAUCAGAUGACGUAACAUCUGGAGAACUAUCAGACGUUUCAAUCGCAGCGCAUCGCAACGGAGACGAUGCGCCCGGCGAGGGCCGCAGAGUGAGAGGACCACGAGGGGAUCCUCACGCACCGAGCGGCGUCCCCGUCCCACGAGUUGAAUCUCUGGGUCAACUCAGCCGACUCUCACAUGUCUGCCCCUAUAGAGCGUAUUCACGUGACGUCAGAAUCUCAAUCGCGCCAUCUUGGGGUCCACUUAUUAAAUGUCAGAAGAAGUUGACCUGGCUAUCGUGUCCGCUGUUUGAUUCUGCGAGAGCCCAGCAACCUCAUGUCCUUCUGCAUUACAAAAAGAAAGAUUUCAGCGGUUGGAAUUGAAUAUUUGCAACGCUUUUUUACCUGAUUUUACUCGCUUUGUGGUUAAUUCGCUAGUUACCAGCACAUAGCCCGGUCACAUUGCUGUAAAACAGUUUUCAUUUCCGCUAUCGACCAUGGGACAUUAACAACAAUUUCUGCGUUAUACUUGUUGUGGAAAUACCACAAAUGUCGGAACAUCAAGCGCCCCGUGUCUGGGUUCAUAUAUGAUCCGUAGUCGCACAGCUCCGCCUCCAGGACGAGUGUCUGGAUGAAGCCGCUUCCAGCUCCUUCAGGACCAGCAGUGACUGUUUGGCUGGCCGUGCUGAUGCUGUUCCCAUGGAGCCAGUGUUUUAUUUUACCUUGAAAUGAAUCACAGAGUAAAGGCAGACAUCGCCCGACGGAGUUGCCAUGUUCAUGGCUUCCUCCCAAGUUUCCAUCCACAGUUCCUUUUGCGCAAGUGAAAGACUGAUUUUCGCUCGGCGAAAAAAGCAAAAAGAGAUUAUUGACGAGUGUGUCAAUGGAAACGUGCCCACAACCCGAUGUAUCAACAGAAUCACAUGAGAACAGUCCUAACGCUCAUACGCCGAGUGAAGCCGAAGGAGAUGCAUGACAAGUUGAAGUAAUAGCCUCUUGUUGAGCUGAUAAACCCAUAUUCUGAAUCAUUAGUCCCACAUCCAACAAUGAGGCACAGUACCAUAAUCACAAGGCACACCGUUUUGAACUGAAAUUGUGUCUCCUUCAGGAUAUAAUGGUCAUUUCUAAAGAAGCGCGGCAUAAAAUAAAGCAAAACAAUGCCGUGCAUG